AGGUCCCGGAAAAUCUCAUUUUUGCGGUGAGUUCUAAGAACCAAAGGCCCCGUAUCUCGAUUAGCUGAAUGCUCGACAACUGCGAGUCCAUUGUCCACCACAAAGCUCAACUCUGUCUCUCUAGAUAACCAAUUCUCUCUCCUUCUCUCUCUCUACAGAUAACCAAAUCUCUCUAUCUCUCUCCCACAGUCCCACCAAAUCUCUCUCUCUCUCUCUUUAACACCAUUUCUCUGAUUCUUUGAAGUUCUCCCCAGUCUUCAACUGCUAACUCUUCUCUCUCCUAGCCCUCUCUCUCUAAAUUAAUCUCUAAGUUCUCAACUUACUUUCGAAAAAAUCCCCUCAUUUCAUCUCUUGCACCCCUCUCUCUCUCUAUCUCGUCCUGAACAAUUCGUCUGAUUCAUGGCUCCCUGGAUCUCAGCCCUCAUAUUCUCUCUAUUCCUCCUCCCAAAACCCACCAUCUCGUCCCCAAAAUCCAUAGCUUUACCCCUCCUCACCAUGAAAACCCCUCUUCUUUCCCCUCCAGCUAAACCUCCAGCUAAACCCCCAGCUGAAAAGCCACCCAGCAAGCUUCUCUUCAACUAUGGCGUAGGCCUCGUUGUGCCCUUAUCUGUGGGAUUCCCCCCUCAGAACGUCACUAUGGUUAUCGACACGGGCAGCGAGCUUUCAUGGCUGAACUGUAAAGAAAGCCCUAAUCAACCCACCUUCUAUCCAUUGAAAUCCUCCUCUUACUCCCCUGUUAUUUGCGGCUCUGAAACCUGCAGAACUAAAACCAGAGACUUUCCUGUACCCACCACCUGUGAUCAAAAGAAGCUUUGCCAUUUUGAUUGGGCCUAUGCUGAUGCAUCAACAAGUGAAGGAAACUUGGCAUUUGAGAAGGUUUCUUUAGGGGAUUCAACGCAAUCCUCCAUUGUUUUUGGGUGCGUUUUCUCUAGCUUUAGCAGCCCCCCGAAUGCCCCAAAAACAACUGGAAUGAUGGGGCUUAAUAGGGGGGCUCUUUCCUUUGUUUCUCAAAUGGGGUUCCCUAAAUUCUCUUACUGCAUCUCUGAUGCAACUUCCUCUGGUCUUUUGCUCUUCGGUGAAACCACGUUUACCAUGACAAUGCCAUUAAACUACACACCUCUUGUUCAGAUCCCCUUUCCAUUGCCUUAUUUCGACAGAGUCGCUUAUUCGAUUCAACUCGAAGGGAUUAGGGUUUCAGGAAAGCUUCUUCAACUCCCUAAAGAGGUCUUUCUACCAGACCACACUGGAGCUGGACAAACAAUGGUCGAUUCAGGAACCCAAUUCACUUUUCUUCUCGGUCCAGUUUAUACAGCUCUGAAAAACGAGUUCUUGAAACAAACACAAGGGGUUCUGAGUGUUAUCAAUGACGAGAAUUUUGUUUAUCAAGGGGCCUUGGAUUUGUGUUAUACUCAUCCUCCACUAAAGCCCCUUCCUGUUUUACCAGAGGUGGUUUUGGUCUUCAGAGGAGCUGAAAUGGUGGUCUCGGGUAAUGUUCUAUUGUACAAGACUGGUUUAGAGAGAGAAAGAAAUGACGUGUAUUGCCUUAGUUUUGGGAAUUCAGAUUUGGUGCCUGUUGAGGCGUAUAUAAUAGGGCACCAUCAUCAGAGGAACCAUUGGGUUGAGUAUGACUUGGAGAAGGCCAGGCUAGGGUUCGCGCCAGCUAGGUGCGACCUGGCUCGCCAGAUGGUCCGCUAGAGUUUGGGUUCAGGCCUUGCUUCGGUCCGGUUUGGUUUUUUUUCUUUUUCUUUUUCUUAGGGUCAUGGAGUCAUGGGGUCGAGUGUUUUGUUGGCAGGUCACCGUCAUGUUCCUUCAACUCACCCAUCUCCCUCUCUAUCUUUAUCUUAACUCUCUCUCUUAACUCUCGCUCACUCCGUUUAAUUCCUAUCUCGACCUCUUAGGUUACCAUUUAUGGCUUAAACUCCUCUCUCUCUCUCUCUCUCUCUCUCUACUACCUCUCUCAUAUGUUAGUUAUUGCUCUUUUCAACUCAAUUUCACUCUACACACAUUUUGGCUCUUUUAUGUCACCCUCAUUGAUAUCUUAAUUGUUGAUAAAACAGAAUGAAAAAACAAGACAAGAUACAUGUAGUCCAUUUCAAUUAAUUGGAAAACCGUUUGACGGUAAUAAUCAGUAUUUGCCUCCUCUUCAACUUCUCUUGACCCGAAAAUUGCAAAGUUACUCUCUUUCACACUUUAGUGUUUGAGGUUAAAUUACUCUUUUACCCUUCAAUCAAUCUUUUCUUGAUCAUCCAUUCUCUUCUCUCUCUCUUCUGCCUCUCUGUUUCCAUCCAUGAUCAUCGGGUAGCGAUCUGUUAGUGCUAUUCCGGUUCUGGUAUUCGAAUAUUGAAGGAUUAUUAUCAUUUUGCCCUUGGUAUACCAUCUCUGACUGAGUUAAGCCAAUGACGUGGCUUUAAAUUUCCAUUUUGCCCCUCCUUGGAUUUUGAUUUUAUCUCGAGCCACUGCUGGAUGAGUUCCAUGUUUCUAGGCCCCCUAGGGUUAGAGGUGUAGUGUAUAGAAGUAGCCCUAGAUUUGGCUAAUGCUUGUACUUAUUUGAGGAUAUUUUAAUCACCUUCGAUACUUAUUUGUGAUUUC